AUGAUACAUGCAAUACAACGUGAUCCAACAUAUUUUCCAAAUCCAAAUGAAUUUGAUCCAGAAAGAUUUAAUGAUGAAGCUGUUAAAAAUCGUCAUCCAAUGUCUUUUCUAAGUUUUGGAGAUGGGCCGAGAAAUUGUAUCGGUGCAAGAUUUGGAUCGAUGCAAACUAAAGUUGGAAUUGUAAAAAUACUUGAAAAAUACACAGUUGAUAUUUGCGAUAAAACUGAUAAAGAUUUUAAAAUAAAUCCACGUGGUGCUUUAUUAACACCACAAAAUGGAAUUUAUCUUAAAAUAACAAAAACACCAAUUGUAUAAUUUAUUGAAGAAUACAUUUAUAUAUAAAUUUUGAGUAACAAUAAUUUUUUAAAUUAAUCAAAUGAAAAUAUAUUUUUAAAAAAAUAAAAAUUAAGUAACAUUUUGUAUUUUUUUAAAAAAAGACAAGUUCGUAUCAGGAUUCAGGAACAUAGGAUAAGCAAAGAGGUAUUUUUAUUUAUGAAAAAAUUACUUUCAAAACACUAAAUAAAAUAAA